CAACACUUACGCUUAGAUACAAGGGGUUUAUGAUUGCUCGUUUCUCGACGGGAAUUCUGCCAUUUCCUUUGAUUUUUAAAGCACCAAAUCUUGUCUGAUAGUUACAGGUGGUAUCCAGGAGCAUCCUGGAUCUGAUUCAGGGUUACAAUGAGCAGUGCGGCUGUUGAAACCACUGUGAAUGGUGACAUCAUGAAGGGUAACUAUAGUGAUACAGACAGCGUAGAUAAGGAGUUAGAUUGGCUUAUUGAUAAAGAAGAACCCCCAGCUACCAAGAAAUCUGAUCUGGAUACCAAUGUGACAGAAGAUGGAGACUAUAUACCAAGAACAGCAUCACCGAUGAAAGAGGAGGAACCUUCAAGAUCUUCAUCUCGGUUGGGAUCUGAUAGUGAUGAUGAUAGUGAUUAUGAAUUGACAGAGGAACAGCGUGAGGCUGAACAGUUGAUGCAAAAAAUGAGAGAAGAGGGUUCCCUGCCCUCAGAAGAUCCACCUGAAUAUGAUGUUACUGAAAGAAUAAAACAAUUAAAUGAGGAACUAGCGCAGGAAGGUGAGGUAGAAGAGAAAAAAGAAAGAAAGGUUGGUUUUAAAGAUAACUUAAUUGAAUUAGAAGUGUCCCCACUUGAUGAUGAGAAUGAUAAAGAAAAUGAAGAGCAAAUUGGAAAUUUAAGUUUAGAGGAUCGUGAUCAGAAAAAACAAUCAAACGGAGAGGUAGUUGUGGAAAGAAAUGGCAAAUUUGAAGUUGUGCCUGUGAGUGAGUUGAGUCCGGAAGAGCGGGCUGCUCAUGGGAUUGAAACCAAUGGUCAUCAACCGGCACCACCAUCACGUCCGAGACCAGCUACAGCAACAGGAAGUACUGGCAGUAGGAGAAAGAUUGUGAAUUCUACGGGUCAAUCACAGCGAGCACAAUCGGCUGGAUCUCAAGGACGUUCACAAAAUGUUAAUGAAUCAAAUAAUAUAACAUAUGAAGGGUACAGUGCAUAUGGACUCACACCUGAACAAGUAGAGUAUAAAAAAGAACAUGCACGGCUGAUGAAUCAGCGAAGAAAAGAACAACAAGAAAAAGAGAAAGAUGAAAAGAAGCGAAGACAAGACGAAGCAGAGAGUGCUUUUCAAGCAUGGUUACAGAAGAAAAAAGAGGAAGAAGAAAAUAGGAAAAAAGAGGAAAAGGAGAGUAGAGAAAGAGAAGAACAAAAUGCGGUGCAGAGAGAUGCAGCUGGUGCUUAUAAACAGUGGCUGAAAGCAAAGAAAUCUCAGAAGAAAAAAGAAAAGAAAGAGGAUAAACACAAGAAUUCAGAAGAAAGUGAAUCUUAUUAUUUGAGGAGUCGAGAAGACUGUGAUAAAGCUUAUAAAGACCACGAAGACCAAAAAUCAGACAGUCAUUCCUCCUGGACUGCUGAAGACCACAAAGAAUGGUUAAAAAGAAAGAAUGGACAACUAAAAGCACAGAAAGCAUUGAGCAGGUCACAUAAUUUAAGAAGGCGACUUGAAGCACGAAAGUCAAGAAAAUCACAGAAUUUGGCCAAAGCUAUCAGACAAGCACAAACCUAUAAAUACACAGAUUACUAUGGUUACCGAUACUAAAUUCUAAGUUUUUUUAAUUCUUUUAGAUGUAAUAUUGUUUUAAAAAUUAUGUUACCAUGGUGACAAUAACCAUGGCUAUGUAGACUCAUUGAAUGCAUGAUGGACUAUUGCUACCAUGGUGACUGUAACCAUGGCUCUGAUUCAUGUAUUUUAAGACAUUUGUAAUUGCAGUGAUUGUAUUAAUUACAUGUAGCAAUAUGACAGACUUUUUUAAAAUCAGGAUUUUUAUGAUUUUGUAUCAAGCAACGGACAAUCAAGGACUCAAAGCAAUGUGUUGAGUUAAUCUAUCCCAUAAUUCUUUCUCUGUAAGCACAGCCUGUUGAGUAAUCAAGGGUGGAUGAAUUCAAGUGUGCACACUGUCCUCGUAUAACAAGUUGUUAAAUCAUUUAGAGUGAAAUCCAUAUUAAUACAAGAACACAUAUACAAGUUUGUGAAAUUACGAAUUGAGCUUUAAUAUCACCAGCAGCCUGUUUUGAUCACAACUUAAAAUUAUUAUUUUAGAAUAAAACAAGUUUGUUCAAUUGGAUGUUUAACAUCGUGUUGUAAUGGACAUCCUGUCAACAACUCAGGAAUUGCCAUGAUAUAUAAAUCAAUAGUGAACAAUUUUAGAAGUUUGUGUUUUCCUGGCUACUGACUUCUACCGGUAAUAUUUACCUUACGGUAGUGAUUUCUGUCAUGCCAAGAGCUUUUUAAUACAAUGUCAUAUCAUCUUAUAACCUUAAGUUAGUGUUGUUGUGUUCAGUUAAAAGCAUAUGUGCAACUUGAAAAACAUAUAGAUAUAGGCCAACCAAACAUGUUUGUUUUGUAAAUUAUUUUAGUAAGAGAUGCAACAUAAUUGUAUAUGCUUUUUAAUAAUAGAUAAUACACAGUCCCUCUGUGGAUAAUAGUAUGCAACUAUCUACACCGAGAUGCAACUAUUGUACCUAGAUACAACUAUUGGCACCUGGGAGAAAUUACUUGGUAACUGUACCUAGAUACAACUAUCAGCAUAUGGGAGAAAUUACUCGGUAAUUGUACCUAGAUACAACUAUCGGCACCUGGGAGAAAUUACUUGGUAACUGUACCUAGAUACAACUAUCAGCAUAUGGGAGAAAUUACUCAGUAAUUGUACCUAGAUACAACUAUCGGCACCUGGGAGAAAUUACUCGGUAACUGUACCUAGAUACAACUAUCGGCACCUGGGAGAAAUUACCCGGUAACUGUACCUGGAUGCAACUACACUUGGGUUAUAAUACUUUCACUGUCAGUAGAGAAAUAAACUGCAAUUUAUAUGAAAUCCAAUUUACUGUAUGUGACACUAGAUAGGUUUUAAAGAUAUAGUCUUUUUAGUUCUUUGUAAGUUGUGCCAAACCAUUGAUUUAUACAUUGCUUGUCAUUUUAAUAUAAAGUACAUUGCUAUUACAUUAAUUUAACAUCAGGGAUUAACAUUUGUACGAUAUCAUUUCUGUAAAAUAACUUUUGUAUUAAAAAAUAUUUUUUGGUAAAA